UUGUAGCCGUUGGCCGUACAUAAAUAUUUAAAAAUAUUAAAUUGAGUAUAAUUCUGUGUAAAAUUAUUGUAAAUAUUGAGGAGAAAUGUAAUCAUUCACAUUUAUAGACAAAAGCAGCAGGCUUGUAAUACUCCAUACCUGCUUAUAAGUAUUUUACAGUUUUUAUUUUUUUGCGCCAUGUCAAGCCAUAACUCAUUAAGAAUGGAUGCAGCAUGCAGUGAACCAACAACAUCGGUGGUCUCCACGUCGUCAGUACCACAAAAAACAUCAAGUGACAAAGCAAUAAAUGAAAACAAAGUCGAUUCACCUAAACGAACACCCAAAAAAUCAAAAAAAAAACAAAGAUCAGAAGUUACAGUACCUACCAUGGUAUUCAACAAUUCAUCAAUUAACGAUGUUUCCAAUAAGUGCCAGAAUUUGCAAAUUGAAAGCGACAGUGAUAACGGGGAGACAGAACAGGUAACCCCAACUACCCCGUCGAAAGGAAAAAACGCCAAGAAAAAGGAACGACUAAAAAAGUUGGAAAUACCUACGGUACCAGUGAAUAACUUUAACAACACAAACAGAGUACAAAAUUCACAGUAUUUAUUUAACUAUUUUGGGUCUCCUAGAAAUAGUACAUUCUCUGUGCAUGAAUAUUUUACCCAACAGAUUACACCAUUGUAUGCAAGUACCAGCUCUAGGUAUUUAGAAAAUCUGUGUCACCAUCCACAAUAUCAAUAUAUGCAGAAUAUCCAACACAUGAGAGAUAUUUUACAAAGCCCAGAGCAUGUUGCUAGUGUACCUAUCACUCCAUUAAUAUUAUCAGGACAGAGAUCAGAACCUGUUUGUAUUCCAAAUUCUACAUUUAUUCAUUCUGAACCUAGCACUCCAAGGUUCAUAGAGAAUGCAUUGCAACACCCCUUAUUGAAUCCAUCAUUUUCAAGACAAACUGGUACAAUACAAAUUGGACAGCUCAGACUGAGGCAUAAUUCAGAAAACAAUUGCUUAACUAAAACUCUUGUAAAUGGUGACAAGAAAUUUGAUGCAUACCUUUCUGGAGAAGAUGUUGAGAAAGGUUUAAAGAACAAUAUGCUUAUUGAAGGUGUUCUGAGGAUAAAUCCAAAACAAUAUCAACAUUCAUAUGUUUCAAGUCAAGACCGGAGUCAACAAGAUAUAUUAAUAGACGGUAUUAAGAAUAGAAAUCGUGCAAUGGAAGGAGAUGUAGUAAUAGUACAAUUAGUUGAAAAUGAACCUGAAGAAAACGUUACUAAUCCUGAACAAAAAAGAGGGAAAGUAGUUUUUAUCAAGGAAAAAGUUCAUACUAGAACUUGUAUUGGUUCACUCAAACUAAUGCAUGACAAAAAUAGACAAAAAGCUAUGUUCGUGCCUCGAGAUCACAGAGUACCAAGAAUAAAUAUACCAUUUACUUCAUGGCCAGAUAAUUUUUAUGAAGAUGCCAAGAAAUAUGAAAACACAUUGUUUGUUGCAAAAAUAAUAGAUUGGUCUGAUACAAGGUUUGCUGUAGGAAAAAUUAUGGGUAAUAUUGGUAAAUCAGGAGACAUGGUCACUGAAACAAAAGCAAUAUUAGCAGAAAAUGAUUUAGAUGUUACUGCUUUUGGCUCUGAAUACAAGGAUUUGUAUCCUCAACUUGACUUUACAAUUCCCGAUGAAGAAAUAGCAAAGAGAGAAGACUGUCGGAUGUUAUGUAUCUUUAGUAUUGAUCCAUUUAAUUGCCGUGAUAUUGAUGAUGCAGUCUCUUGCAAGGAACUAGAAAAUGGUAAUUAUGAGAUCGGAGUCCAUAUUUCUGAUGUUACAUAUUUUUUAAAUGAAAACACUCCGCUUGAUGUGAAAGUUGCAGAAAAAGCUACAACAAUAUAUUUGGUAGAAACUGCUUACCACAUGCUUCCAGAUGAUUUGUGUAUGCUUUGUUCUCUAUUCCCUGGUGUAGAUAAACUAGCUUUCUCUGUUUUUUGGGAAAUGACCAAGGAUGCUAAAGUUAUUAGUUACAGGUUUGCUAGGACUGUUAUAAAUUCAUGCUGUCAGUUGGCAUAUGAACAUGCUCAAGAUGUUCUUGAUGACAAAGAGGAUGCUCAAAUAAAAUUUCCAGAAAUGUACAAUGGUUUUGAUUACAAAGAUGUGCACAAAUCAAUAAAAAUUUUAGGCAAAUUGUCAAAUAUUCUUCGUGCAAAUAGAUUUGAGAAUGGUGCAUUGAGAAUUGAUCAACCUAAGGCUAGUUUUAGAUUAAAUCCUACUAGUGGUUUACCAGAGUCAUACUGCAUAUAUGAGAGUAAAGAAAGCCAUCAACUCAUUGAGGAAUUCAUGUUGCUCGCUAACAUGUCUGUAGCUACACGUAUUUAUAGUGACCACCCAAAACUGGCAUUUUUAAGGAGUCAUCCACCACCAAGUAAAUAUAUGUUGAUGCAGCUAGAAAAGUCUCUAAAACCAAUGGGCAUAAAAUUAGAUAUCGAAUCGGCUGGACAUCUACACAGAUCUUUACUACCAUAUGUGGGACCAGACAAUACAGACAAAGGAAGAGCCAUGGUUUUAAAUUUGCUAUGUGCAAAACCUAUGACAAGAGCAAAAUAUUUUUGUGCUGCUGCUUGUGAUGAUGAUGAAUUUCAACAUUAUGCUCUGAAUGUGCCCCUGUACACUCAUUUCACAAGUCCUAUUAGGAGAUAUGCUGACAUUAUGGUUCAUAGGCUAUUAGCAGCAAGCUUAAAUUAUAGAGAAACUCCAGCAUGGCAGGAAGAUGAUGUACGCAUGAUAGCUGCUCAAUGUAACAAACAGAAGUACAAUGCUAAAAAGGCUGGUGAAAUGUCAACAGAAUUGUACACUUUAAAGUACAUUGAACUUAAUUCUCCCAUAGUCACUGAAGGUGCUGUGGUUGACAUUAGGGAGAAAUAUAUUGAUGUUAUCAUUGUUUCCAUGGGCCUGAACCGGAGAAUAUUUUUCAAUAAUGAUUUUCCUGGAGAGUAUAAGUGUAUUAGACACGAAGAACUUGCGAAGUUGGCUCGAAUGGAACUGAAAUGGAAACCGGUGAAUGAAUUGCCAGAAACUAAACAAGUAAUUGGAGUUUUUUCCAUUGUACAAGUUGAAAUGCACAAAGGCGAUGACAUGGUAAAAAUCGAAACUAAAUUAGUGCGACCCCAAUAGUUUACAUUAUAUUAUUUUACUGGUUUUUUUAUGACGACGACAACCAGACGAGGGUCUUCAAAAUUUCCAUUCGAAACCUGAAUUUUUUGUAAUGUUACAAUUUGUAACAGUAAUUCUAUUUCUAGAAAUUAAGAGAGUUUAAUCCGAAAUCUUAAUUUAUUUUUAUAAAUGAAGUGAUUUUAAUGAAAUUUAGUGUUAAAUGAAAUCGUUCCUUUCGAAAGCUCUUUACUCUAGAAUUUAUUGGUGACUGCAGUUUUUAUAAAAUAUUUAAUGUUUUUAAAAAGAUUAUAUGAAUGACUAAGUUGUUUGUAAUUUAAUAUAUUUGAAAAUUGUGUAUAAAAUUUUAUUCCUGAUUAGACCAAGAAGAUGGAUCUUCUAAUCAUUUUAGCAUUAAUUGAAUACUGUGUUUCUUAUUUUGUAGUCUGUGUGUAGACAUAUUGUAUGUAAUUAUAAUAUUCUGACAAUGUUGUAUUAGGAUUACUAUUUACAAUUCAUAGAACUGUCUUAAAAACCUAAAGCAAACAAGUCUUUAGGCGUUAAGAUAAAUGCAUAAUAAUAAUAAUAAUGAAAUGUUUCAAAUAAAACAUACAUAGAUAAUUGCAUAAUAAAAAAUUGAAUUCAUUAUAUUCAAGAAUAAUUGAACUGUGAAUUUAUGUGCUUUACAGUUUUGAGAAAGCGAAUUUUUAUUGUUUAUUGUAAGCCUCAUGUCAGGCUCAAAAAAUAAGGGAGCGCUCAAUUCGUCUAUAUUUUUGUUAGUAUUAAUGGACUAUCUCAAUAGCCCACAGCAAACUGAAGUUGUAAAUGUGUGUCCUAUCACUCGGAUCUUGAUAAAAGCCUACGAAAUUCUCUUUAAAAGUCGAAAAUUACAGAUCUAACUUCCAAUUCAAUUUUUAAAUUGCAUAAUCAGGAUAUACGGCCCGCAUACGUCUUACAUAAUCAAAAGUAAAUAAAGUCACUCAUCUUGAACUCAGGAGUGGAGUGCUUGCUAGCAACUGACUCAACCGCUCGAGGGCACCUGCUUUGUGAAUGCAAUUAUGAAUGGAUCAUUGGGACUUGCUGAGAAGUUCCGACGAGGAACUAACUCGGCGGGUUGAUGUUAUGGGCUAGAUUUCACAUCGAACUCUGACAUUCGACGAGCAAUUACCUAUACUCUGGGUGGUGCUAUCGCAAGUAGUAGUAGCAGAGUGCAUCACAAGGAUCUGAGGGUACAAUAUGCGGCACAUUGCAUGUUUGCUGAACGUGAACGUUAUAUAUAGUAAGUCACUAAAGCUAAUACAAAAUACUUCAACGGUCCUUAAAAUCAAUUGAAAUAGAAAAAAUCUUGUAUUUUUUUCAAAUAGGUUGGUAUUUGCUGGUACUUUUUUCCCUACUUAAUCGUUGGUAGCCAAAAGAGCUAUUCCAGUUUCGCGCGGUAGGUGAACUCACGGGCUCAACCCGAGAGAAUUUGGUAACACCAGUCCUAGCGAGAGCAGUUCUUCGCAGAACCUACCAACGGAUCGGAAUAGGGAUCCCUUGAGAAGAUGUGGUGAGAAACUCAGUGGGCUAAUCUUGUAAUAUUUAGUCCCUUAUAAAUUCUAUUCGUACUAUUUAUGAAAUAAAUUUCCUGCUUCUUUGUGCCGCUAUGCAUAUUUUAUAAUAAUAUUAUCUGUUGUAAUAAGUCUAAUAGAAUAUUGAAAAUAGAACGGGAUAUAUACGAACAACACAGGAAGAAUUGUUAUUUCAGCAGUGCAAGUGAAUUCGAAUAAACGUCUUACAGUGAACUGCGCCGUUCAUACCUAUUGUUCAUGUAUGAGCUACGCUAGCUCCUCAAUAUGAAGUGGGCGCUGCGUGUAUCCAACUUAAGAUAAAAACGAAUUCAUCCCUGAAAAAUGAAGCCUAAAAUUACCUGAUUUUCCCGUAUUCCGUAACUCGCUUAUACAUUGCUUGUGAAUAUCUACAGUAGUUAUUCAGAUCAGACAGAUAUUCACAAGUUACGAUUGUUGAAUGUCUACUUUAAAGUACAGAAUGUUAUUUCUUUUAAAAUAAAUUGUAACGAACUGUUCUGUGCCGAUGUCGUACUGUGUACCUAAUCGCAAAAUAAGCUGUAACUCAAUUUUUUUCAUAUUUAUGACAAUGCUAUAAAAAUAUAAGUCGAGGGGUAAAAGCUAGGUUUAAAGCGACAUUUUAGCAACUUUACAGGAGAGCCAUUUACAGUUUUCAAUUUUUUUUUAUUGAAGUUAUACUUCUUUAGGCGCGUUAUGAAAAAUUGAUGAGUGAAAUUUUACGAUGCGCGCGCACCGUGACACAAAAUUAACAGAAAUCGCUCAUUACAAUACGACCGACGUAACUUGGCGAGUCUGAAUAUAGCUGCAGGUGAACAUUCGCGCAUGUACACUCGUAAAAAAAGUGUUAUUAGCAUUCAUUUUUUAACGUUAAAUAUUUAUUAAUAAUUAUUUAAUAUUAAAAAAAAAGAAAUAAAUUUAAUAAAAAUAAGUCUUACGCGCGUACAUAAGUACACGCACCCUUUUUAAAUAUCAACAAAAAAACUUCUUCAGCCAUUUGAAUGGAGUAAACUUAAUGGAAGUUCCGUUUCAAACAUCGAACUGUUGACGCUAAUACCAAAUAAAACGCACUUUUAAUUUCAAAGAUAAAUGUCGCAUUUUUUUUUAUUAUUGCUUAGAUGGGUGGAAAAGCUCACAGCCCACCUGGUGUUAAGUGGUUACUGGAGCCCAUAGACAUCUACGACGUAAAUGCGCCACCCACCUUGAGAUUUAAGUUCUAAGUUCUCGAGUAUAGUUAUAGCGGCUGCCCUACCCUUCAAACCGAAACGCAUUACUGCUUCACGGCAGAAAUAGGCAGGGCGGUGGUACCUACCCGCGCGACUCACUAUAGGUCCUAUCACCAGUCAAAAAAGGGCAUAAAUCAAAUAGUCUUUCACCCCUCGAAGUGUGCUUGCUUACUGGUUCAGUUUCCGUCAAUUUAGUAAAUGCUGUUGAAAUAACGAAAUUAGUUUACGUAAUGUAAUUCCGUGUUUUGUAGUGAAUAAAGAAAAAUUUAGGCUCCUAA